CUGCACAUCUGUCUCUCUCACUCUCCAAGAACCGACGGCCAUUCUCUUUUAUUUCAAAAUCUCUCUCUCUCUCUCUCUGCAAAACCCUAGAUCCUUUUGCUUUCGUCUUCUAGGGUUUGUGGUAAUCUUCGAUCCUUAAAUAUAAUGGCGGAAAUUCGCCGUACAUGAGAUGCAAUAUCAUCCUGUUUUCUCGAUAGGAUCAUUAGAUUUUCGAUUUUGAUGGAGGGCAAGAGGAUCUACGUUAGGCCGUGCUGCGUUCGACGGAUUCACGCGAAGAAGCGGCCGCGACCCGACGGGUUCGUCAACAGCGUCAAGAAGCUUCAGAGGCGGGAGAUUUGCUCGAAGCGCGAUCGGGCUUUUAGCAUGAGCAAUGCGCAGGAGCGGUUCCGGAAUAUUCGCCUCCAGGAGGAAUAUGAUACCCAUGAUCCCAAAGGAUAUGAUAACCUGCAACUGACUUUUCUGAAAAGGAGGUCAAAAAUUAUUGAAAUAGUUGCAGCACGUGACAUCGUUUUUGCUCUGGCACAGUCUGGCGUGUGUGCGGCAUUUAGCAGAGAGACAAACCGGCGGAUAUGCUUCUUGAACGUGACUCCUGAUGAAGUCAUUCGAAGUUUGUUUUAUAAUAAGAAUAAUGAUUCACUUAUCACAGUUUCAGUUUAUGCUUCAGACAAUUUCAGCUCUUUGAAAUGCAGAACCACAAGGAUCGAGUACAUACGAAGGGGUAAGCCUGAUGCUGGCUUUCCUCUUUUUGAGUCCGAGUCACUGAAGUGGCCUGGUUUUGUGGAGUUUGAUGACGUAAACGGAAAGGUCCUUACAUAUUCUGCACAAGAUAGCAUAUACAAGGUGUUCGACUUGAAAAAUUAUACAAUGUUGUACUCUAUAUCAGACAAGCAUGUUCAAGAAAUUAAGAUCAGUCCUGGCAUCAUGCUGUUGAUAUUUACCAGAGCCAGCAGUCAUGUCCCACUUAAGAUCCUAUCGAUAGAGGAUGGCACCGUUCUCAAAGACUUCAACCAUCUCCUUCACCGUAAUAAAAAGGUGGACUUCAUAGAACAGUUCAAUGAAAAGCUUCUUGUCAAGCAGGAAAAUGAGAAUCUCCAAAUUCUUGAUGUCCGAAAUUCUGAGCUGACAGAGGUAAGCAGAACGGAGUUUAUGACUCCGUCAGCAUUUAUCUUCUUAUAUGAGAAUCAGUUGUUCUUAACGUUCCGGAAUAGGACAGUUGCUGUUUGGAACUUCCGAGGGGAGCUUGUGACUUCAUUUGAAGACCACCUGUUGUGGCAUCCUGAUUGCAACACAAACAACAUUUAUAUCACCAGCGAUCAGGAUCUUAUAAUCUCUUACUGCAAGGCUGAUUCUGAUGACUCAUCGGCAGAAGGAAAUGCUGGGUCUAUCAACAUCAGCAAUAUCUUGACGGGUAAGUGCCUUGCAAAGAUCCGAGCAAGCAGCAGCAGACCCACCAAGGCUGAUUAUUGUUCGAGGAUUCGAAAUACCGUUGCAGAAGCACUGGAGGACAUAACUGCUCUCUUCUACGAUGAGGAGCGCAACGAGAUAUACACAGGUAAUCGGGAAGGUCUGGUGCAUGUAUGGUCCAAUUGAUUUGUUUAUUCACCUGGAGAGCCCCACACAACUCCCAAAAUGAAAGGAAAAAAAAAAAAGACAA